AUUUUUUUCUUCUCUAUUUAAAGUAAUAAUUAAUCCACUGACUCAUACAAAAACAUAGGUUAAAAAUACAUUAAGUAAUCGAAAAAAAUGAUGGUACUUAAUUAAACUUUUUCUUUUGAUGACUUUGAAGAAAGUUGUUAUAUUUUGUUGGAGGCUUACAUCUCUAGAUACGAACUUUUAACAAGUACGUCAUAAGGAAACGUUUUACGGUUCAUAUACUUUUAUAAAAACAAGUUACUUGUUAACAUCAUUUAGUUACGGUACAAUAACUGAGCAAUAGCUUCAAGUUGUUCAACCUCUUUUUUAAACCUAUUUGUGUUCAAAGAUUUUAAUUUUAGAUUAAACUAUAUAUUUAGACAGACAUAUUUUGUAAUGAAAAUAACAACCUGCGUACGUAGUUAAAUACGAUAUUUUAAACGAUAAAUGCGGUUUUCAGUGUUAAUACCGAUGCAGACAUUUAUCUUGAAACAUAAUGCAGAAGGGUAAAUAAAGGAAAGUAUGCGUGCAUUUUGUAAACGAGUGCACACUUUAGGAUUAGUGGCAGAAGAGAGUUGGAUACACUUUGGAUAAGAUUUAUAUGGAUACACAAUACUGAAUUAUAAUAGUUUAUGCAAUAACUGACAAAUACAAGACAAGAAUGGAUCAAAAAGAUAAGCAGGUGACGGAAUGUAACGAACAAGAUGGCGUUGAAGUCCGAUGCGGCUACGGAAAUUGCCGACCACGUCUGCUUCAGAAGUUCAACAAACCCAAAGCCAUGCUGGCAGUAAUGUGCUUUUAUGUUUUUAUACAAGGUUUCGUCGUGAACGGGAUGUUUAACGUAAUUGUCUCUUCACUAGAGAGAAGGUUUCUGUUACGCAGUACUCAGAUGGGACUAGUUUCUUCCGCGUAUGAUUUUUCUGCAGCCUUCUUUGGAAUCUUUGUGAGUUACCUUGGCUCAGGACGUCAUAAACCAAGAUGGCUGACAGCGUCUGCACUUUUUAUGAUUGGUGGUUCGGUAACCAUGACAAUACCUCACUUCACAACUGGGUUGUACAAAUGGGGAGAAAACAAAAUAUCAGUCUGUGAUAGAAUAAGUGACAAUGCCACGUCAACAGUUGAAAUGUGCGAGGCAUCGGGCUUGCAGAACUAUAUCUGGUUGUUUGCGUUAAGUAACGUUUUAUUCGGUGUUGGCGGCGCCACACUGUAUACAGUCGGGACCGCUUACAUUGACGACUGUGUGACGUCAUUAAUGUCACCUUUAUAUCUAGGUAUAUAUUUCGGAUUUGCUGCUCUAGGACCAGGAAUUGGUUUUAUUGUUGGCGGAAUAUUUCUUAAUAUUUAUGUUGACGUUGACAAGGUGGACACAAAGAGUAUAACACUGGUGGAGACUGACUCACGGUGGGUCGGUGCUUGGUGGAUAGGACCUAUAUUGUCUGCUGUUUUGUUUGUACUUGCCGCACUUUUCAUGUCCUGUUUUGGUGCAGAGCUUCCAAGUGCCAAAGAUGUUAGAGAAUCUCGCAUCUCGCAGUUACAUAAGGGUACAAGUAAAAUUACCGAAGCCGUGGAACCUAGCCGACCAAGGUUAAAAACUGUGCACAAAGUGUUAUGGGCUUUAGUUCAAAAUCCGCCAUUUCUUUUUACAACGCUUGCAGGGAUCACCGAGUCAAUGUUUAUUACGGGCCUGAGUGUGUUUGGUGCCAAAUAUUUACAAAAUGCUUUCCGAAUAUCUUCAUCACAAUCUGGACUUUUAUUGGGGGCAGCCAUUGUGCUUGGAUUAGCGGGUGGUAUUGUAUUUGGAGGUAUCAUCUGCCGGUGUUUCAGGUUAAAGGUCAAUGGCAUGCUCAAGUUUUCUUUCGGCGCAUGCGUCAUAAGUAUUUUUUGCCUUCCUUCGAUGUGGAUGUCAUGUGGGCAGACGACACUUGCAGGUGUCCAUAAACCUUAUGAAAAUAGGUAUAUUUUUUUGUAUCUACAAGAUAUAUUAGUUUAUACAGCAUUUAUUAUACUUCAAUAUCACCAGAACAUUCCUCCCGAGUUGUCGUGUGACGUCACAGGCAGACAAUAUUUUUCACCAUGUUUCGCUGGUUGUAUCCAACAACUUAACACAUCUAAAUCAAAAUCCCAGUAUUCCAAUUGCACGUGUGUUCCAAAGCAACUAAACAUGACGGAACCGGAAGUUACAGGUGGCACUUGUGAAAAAAGUUGUCCGAUGGUUUAUGCAUUUAUAAUAUUGAUAUUCCUUUACGCAUUUUUGACGAUAGCCGCCGACGUACCGGCGGAACAGUCCGUUUUAAGGUCAAUUCACGAAAAUCAUAGAACUAUCAUGUGUGGUUCAAACAGAUUUCUUGUGCGACUGCUUGGUACAGUACCGGGUGCAGUGAUCAUGGGAGUUGCAACAGACGCCGGGUGUUUGAUUUGGCAAACCGAGUGUGGUGAAAAUACGUCAUGUUGGCUCUAUGAUAUUUCAAAAGUCAGCCGGAACUACUUUAUUUUCGGACUGGUUACCAAACUUUUUUCGAUGUUGUUCUUUUUUUGUGCAAUAUGGUUCUAUAAGCCUCCGAAGGACACAGAUCUCCAGAUUGACUCACUAAAAGAAAAAGUCCAAACAAACCAAGCGUUUGAACUUGAAAAACCGAAUCAAACUCAUUUAUAGUUUCAGUAACAUUGCAUUACUUAAAGGUAGGUAACCGACACUACCUCAAAGCAAACAAUUAAAAUAUCAUUCUUAAUAGUCCCGAAAUCAAAUUACGAUGAUUUACUGGCGAGUUGAUAUUCGCACAAAGAUAUGUUGAAUACUUAUUUUCCUAAAUAACGUUGAAUUUUCAGAUAUUUUGUCCUUUUUUGCGCACGUGAAUAUUUGCAUUCUAUAUUUAUAUUGUAUUCAGAUUGUUGUCACACAUAUACAUGUAUAAUAUAUUACCAGAAUGAAACAUU